AGUAUUUGUAUUUAUGGUUCUGAAUAAAGUAUCCAAGAGCGCCUUCGCGUGGUUGAUUACACACGUCGCAGUGGCCUGAAAAGCAACACUGGAGUGUGAUGCUGUCAGCCUCUAUUACGAUCUCAGAGCCGAGGAUCCACACGGGGAAAGUGAACUGCGUGUCCGGACCAGAGACUGAACCAACCGAACAGGCCUCUGUCAUCUUUCUCAUUCCGUCCAAGCCCCUGUCGAAGUCCGACGCACGGUGUGCACUUUGAGCUCUGCUGAGGUGAGCUGACAGUAUUAGACAGACAAACAGGCAGACUGUCCUCUAGCUGCCACCAUGGGCUACCUAGCCACCGCUGCCACCCUGCUCUCCUUACUGCUACUGGGAGCUGUGACGGCCAGACUGGACACUAAGAACACCAAGACAGUGUUCCUGGACAAGCAGGAGGCCAGUGAGGUGAUCACCCUGUCCCGCCAGAAGAGGGCCAACGUGGGCAACGAGGAGAGCCUGCUCCCUGCCAACCUGGAGAGGGAGUGUCUGGAGGAGGUCUGCAACUACGAGGAGGCCAGGGAGAUCUUCCAGGACUCCUACCGCACGGAUAUCUUCUGGUCAGUCUACAUAGAUGGGGACCAGUGUGCAGAGAAGCCGUGUAAGAAUGGAGCCAUGUGCUCAGACAGUGUGGGGGGAUACGACUGUGUCUGCAAGUCAGGCUUCUUUGGAGUCCACUGCGAGACAGAUCAGACAGUAUGUAUGUUGGAUAAGACCAAGGGAUGCAGUCAGUUCUGUAAGCCAGGAUACCAGUCCUAUGAGUGUUCUUGUGCCCGUGGCUGGAAACUAGAGGAGAAGGAGAGGGUGAAGUGUAUUCCUGCAGUGACAUUCCCCUGUGGGAAGGUGAACAGCCUAAGCCAGUGGACAAAGAGACAGUCAGCCAACAUCGCCAGCAACUUUGAGGGACUCGCCUGCAACUCUGGAGAGUGUCCCUGGCAGGCCAUUCUGAAGAGUGCAGAGUCUGUAGGGUUCUGUAGUGGUGUCAUUCUGAAGGAGAACCUGGUUCUAACUACAGCCCAGUGUGCCCAGAAAUACAUCAACUUCCAGGUGGCUGUCGGCAAGCGCCAAACCGCAUCUGAAGACGGCGAACAGACGAUGUAUGUCAAAGUUGUCCACGUCCACCCCCGUUAUGUACCCGGUCGCCCUGACAAUGACCUGGCCGUCCUCGAGCUCCGUGAGCGCAUCGUCUAUAAGAAACACGUGGUCGCUGCCUGCCUGCCUGAACGCGACUUCUCAGAGGUCGUUCUGAUGACCGGCGAGUACCCGGCAGUGGUCACUGGCUGGAAGGACCCUGUGGACGCCACGGAGGUCCAGGGCCCGCUCACUCUCAACCACCUGGCAUACGAGCAUCUGCCCCAGUGUGUGGAGAGGCACCCAGGGUUGGUCACCAACAAGAUGGGCUGUACGACGGUGAGACCCAAUGGUGACUGCAUCUUGGGGCCGGGGAGUCCCAUCCUAUCUCUCCACAGGGAGGUGUUCUAUCUGACCGGGGUGGUCUCCAGACCAACAGGGGCAGACUGUAGUCAGGGUUACAUCUACCAGAAGGUGUCCCGCUUCCUGCUUUGGCUGCAGCCCCUCAUGGACUCACGCUAAGGGGGCUCUGAAUCCCAACUCAACCCCUAGCCCCCACCCCAAAUGCAUUAGGGUAGAUCUGAGAGGAUUGGAAAGAUGUCCUUUAAGCUAUAUGGCGGCAAUUCCCAUCUGGCCAGAUGGAGCUACCACCAUAUUGCUUAUACCAGUCCAAUCCUUUCAGAUCUAUGUAAGUGCUUCGUGGGUAGGGACUAGGAGUUGAUUUGGGAUUUAGGGGUGGUGAUCAGGGGGAGGGAGGGUACAGGGAAGAGAUGGAGAGGUUGAGGGGGUUAGGAGAAUACGUGUGAGGAUUGAUGGUAUUGAACAAAGGCGUAAAUGGAUAGGGAUUAGGGAAGAGAAGAACGGGAGAAGGGAGGUGACUGUUGAGAGAAUAAAUAAAUGGAGGAUAUUGUAAUACUGGAUAGAGGUGGAAAGGGAUAGGGGUUGUGGGAGGAGAAGGGGAGGGAGGGAAGAGAGCUGAACAGGAGCAUGAUGAAGGACUGAAAACACAAGGUAAACGGAGGGCCAGAGAAAAAGGGGGAAAUUGAGAUGUAUUCCUUUUGUGUAACAUACAUUACUCUUAUCUUAGGUAUUUUUCCAUUGGAAUGGUCUGGUUUUCCAUAUGGCUGAUGGUCCUUUCCUUAAAUUAUCCCUUUUCAUUUAGGCCUAUAAGUUGAAUUCCAUAUAGUAUAUGAGUUCUAUGAAAAUUGGCUAAAACAGAGAGGGUUUACCUGGAUCUGUCCUUUAUGAACUGCCAUUUUCAAAAACGUUUGCACGUUGUGUGCCCUUAUGCAGUGGUUCCCAACCAGGGGUACUAGGACCCCUGGGGGUACUUAGCCUAUCCACAGGGGGUACUUGAGAAGACUCAUGAGACCAUAGGCUUACUGCUCAAAUGCACUUGCAGGGGUAAUUCAGGGGUACUCUAGGCAGAGCAAAAUUCUGUUGAUGGUACAGUAAGUGAAAAAGGUUGGGAACCACUGCCCUAAUGAACAGAACCCAUAUCUGUGUAGUUCUCUGUUUACCCCACAAGGUGGCGGUCUUUCAUUAAAAUACCAUUGUCUCAUGUCCUACCAAAUAUAGUACCUGGCUGACUGCAGCUAGACUAGGGGAACAUUAAAUAAUGCAGCAUGUUGUGUUGCUCUUGUCUUACUCUUAACUGAUGUUAUUUUUUUUGGAGAGAAAGGUUGGUAAUUGCACUGUAUACCUUUUAAUGUUAGUCACUUUACUAAGAAUGUAUUAAUAAAAGUUAACCUCUGA